CCAUGUUGCACACCUCUUGCGAGGAAGCUACCGCCCGCCAUAUGUGCGUUAGUAGUUUGACCUUCAACAGUGCUCUACGGCCUCUCGUCGCCACUGGAAGUGAAUAACUCAACUGCACUUGCGACCAUGACCGAGUGGAAAAACAGUAUUCUUCAUAGAAAGAUUGCAAACACCGGCGAUGUCGCAUGGCAGCACUUGUGCAAGCAUGCUCUCUACAAUUACAAGUAAACAUAAGGGCUUACAAUUAUGCUCAUCUCUAGACUAUUUAAGCCAUCGCUUAUGUCGAGCAGUUCAUCACUCAGAUAUACAUCGGGGAAAGGUUUCAGUGGGAACCACGAACUUCAGCAGCUCACGGUACACCAUCAUGACAUCAUCACGGAAAGUUUCCCUAUUGGUGACGCUUUUGCUUCUUCUUCAUUAUCCUGACAAUUCAUUUGGCUUUGGUUGGUGGUUUUUGUGGUCUCUGACGACGGGAGUUUCAACAGCGAGCCCGAACAUCACAAUUACCUCCAGCUCAGCUUCCCCCAUCAUCAGCCAGUCCGCAAAUGGUUUAGAAAUUUCGCUGGGUAAUCGUGAAAACACCAACACUGUUGGCAUGGACAACGGAACCAACAUUGCCAACGUAGAGGUAAACUACGCCCGCGAGCUACCUUUCAACUAUCUUCCUUUCUUUUCCACCCUACUGCAACAAGAGGGCCCAAGCGAAUUCAGAACCAUACCAGCCGAACAAUUCUCGCCGAACGUUUGGAUAGAAUCUAUUCUAGAAGCUUAUUUCCGUGCGGCCAACGAUAGUCGCCGUGACAUGCUGGGCGCGCUCAAUGUGCAGCUAGUAGAGUUAGAGACCUACGCCGAGGAUGUCGCUGCAAUGCUCAACCGCAUAAGGAUCGCUUUCGGUAUCGAACUGAACCAGAGGCUCCUCGCGCUGGACGUGGCAGUGUUGCGUUGUGCGCAAGGGCAAUCAAUAGACGCAGCUGCCAAAAAGGCACUCGAAGGUGACCGUGAUUGCAUAUCGAAUCGGCUCGAACGGGUUCGACAAGCACAACGGGAAGCAGCGUACAAUAUGAGUCGCCUGCUGGUCGAAUGGGAUGAAGGAUAUCUCAGAGAUGAGAUAGCACAGUGUUGGGAAAAUCAGAUCGAUGAGGUUAACACAGAUAACGCAUACCAAUUAGCAUGCAUCUCGAGUAUUCUACACGAAGUGCAUCGCAAAACCCUGCUUAUGUCUCACAACGCUCAACAAUUAACGCUGGGAGCAAACGAUGAGUUCGGUACUUCAAAAGCGAAUAUGCUUCAGUGCGCUGAAAACCUUGUAGAGGAAGCGAAGAAAUGUCUGGAAGACAUAUCCAUCAUUACUUCUGAAUGUCAAACGCAUGUACAACAAGGUAGUUAAUUUAACCGAAUGUUAAUGAUAAAAAAUUGCUCUUUCUAACAUUGCUCUCGUGGCGUAUACGCCGCCCUUGGCACACAACAACGCUCAAACAAAACAAUAUGACAAGGCAACCAUAAAGUGCAUGUUGAUCUAAAUUGUAAAAUAACCAAAUAAACAAUAAAUUUACA